GAGCACUUCCGGAGCUGCUGAGACGGCUUCGCCGGAGGAAGCAGUGCGGGUCUUGACCGGCGUUGGCCCGCCGCCUCCGCCGCCGCCGCGCCUGGACCCGGUUCUUCUGGCCCGGCCCGACACGGUCUGGCCCGCCCGGGCUCGGCGGCCGCGGGGCCACGGCUCCCGAUGGAAAUUAUAUGAUAUAGACUAUUUGGGUGACAUCUUCCUGAAAGAUCUUCAAGAAUUACAGAAGACAAAAACACUAAUGCAUCUGAGAAAGUGUUAAAGUUUGUGGGGAGGGGAAAAAAACUGCUUUCCUCAUCUACAACUCGUCUGGAUGUUAAGAUGUCUGUGGACAUGAAUAGCCAGGGGUCUGACAGCAAUGAAGAGGACUAUGACCCAAAUUGUGAGGAAGAGGAAGAGGACGAGGACCCUGGGGACAUAGAGGACUAUUACGUAGGCGUAGCAAGCGAUGUGGAGCAGCAGGGGGCCGAUGCCUUUGAUCCUGAGGAGUACCAAUUCACCUGCUUGACCUACAAGGAGUCCGAGGGUGCCCUCAAUGAGCAUAUGACCAGCUUAGCCUCUGUCUUAAAGGUAUCUCAUUCAGUUGCUAAACUUAUAUUAGUUAAUUUCCACUGGCAAGUCGCAGAGAUAAUGGACAGAUACAAGUCUAAUUCUGCUCAACUGCUCGUUGAGGCUCGAGUUCAGCCCAAUCCGUCGAAACAUGUCCCCACAACCCAUCCCCCUCACCACUGCGCAGUGUGUAUGCAGUUUGUGCGGAAGGAAAACCUACUGUCUCUGGCCUGUCAGCACCAGUUUUGCCGCAGCUGCUGGGAGCAACACUGCUCAGUACUUGUCAAGGACGGCGUGGGUGUGGGUGUCUCUUGCAUGGCUCAGGACUGCCCGCUUCGAACACCAGAGGACUUCGUGUUUCCAUUGCUGCCCAAUGAAGAAUUGAGAGACAAAUACAGACGCUACCUCUUCAGGGACUAUGUGGAGAGUCACUACCAGCUCCAGCUGUGCCCUGGUGCAGACUGCCCCAUGGUUAUCCGGGUACAGGAGCCCAGAGCUCGCCGAGUACAGUGCAAUCGGUGCAACGAGGUCUUCUGUUUCAAGUGUCGUCAGAUGUAUCACGCCCCCACAGACUGCGCCACAAUUCGGAAAUGGCUCACGAAGUGUGCAGACGACUCUGAAACAGCCAACUACAUUAGUGCUCACACUAAAGACUGUCCCAAGUGCAACAUCUGCAUUGAGAAGAACGGAGGCUGCAAUCACAUGCAAUGCUCCAAGUGUAAACACGACUUCUGCUGGAUGUGUCUAGGAGAUUGGAAGACCCACGGCAGCGAGUACUAUGAGUGCAGUCGGUACAAGGAGAACCCUGACAUUGUCAAUCAGAGCCAGCAAGCCCAGGCCAGGGAGGCCCUCAAGAAGUACUUGUUCUACUUUGAGAGGUGGGAAAACCACAACAAGAGCUUGCAGCUGGAGGCACAGACAUACCAGCGGAUUCACGAGAAGAUUCAGGAGAGGGUCAUGAAUAAUCUGGGGACGUGGAUCGACUGGCAGUACCUACAAAAUGCUGCCAAGCUCUUGGCCAAGUGUCGAUACACCCUGCAGUACACGUACCCAUAUGCAUACUACAUGGAGUCUGGACCCAGGAAGAAGCUGUUUGAAUACCAGCAGGCUCAGCUGGAGGCUGAGAUCGAAAACCUGUCGUGGAAGGUGGAGCGUGCAGACAGCUAUGACAGAGGGGACUUAGAGAACCAGAUGCACAUAGCAGAGCAGCGGAGGAGAACCCUGCUGAAGGAUUUCCAUGACACCUAGGUUGGGACAUGAACGUGCCAGAGUGAGGAAGAUGUGGCUGCGAGGUCUCCCGGCUGCUGUACUGCAUGCUGCAGGCUCUGCCUUUCACAACCCCAGGCAACAGCCAGGGCCCCACUCCUGAGAGACACUGGCCACACACCUCUUAGUCGAUUUCUGUUUUUUUUUUUUUCCCUCAUCUUUUCGCUUUUUGUUUUUCCCAGGGUAGAGGCCAUGUUGAAUUGGCCUCUUCUCAGGACCUUUAAUUCCCCCUGGAUGGUUGUUGGGAGGGAGGGAAAGUUUUUUCUGAAUGACUAUUAAUAGGAUUAGAUCAUUACAACUUAUAAUUUUCAAAGGUUGUACAAUUAUACAAAAAAGAGGGGGCAGACAAACCAUAGAAUUACACAGAACCCUUUUUAAAAAUAAAUUGGCAUUGGAGUGUUUUAACCUCUAGCUAUUUUACUUAGAAUGUAACAUAUGCUGCCCGCUCACCUUGCCUCAGAAUCUCUACUGCAAGAGGGCCCCGGUGGUCUUUGCUUGCCAGAUUCAUAUGUGUUUGGCCACAGCUAGAGUCCCAAGGGAAGAGCAUGGGUGGCAGAUGGUGGGAAAUUGAGGUGGCCUGAGUUAUAGGCAUGGAGCGCAGGGAAUCACAUCAUGCCUCCUGCCUGGUCCUUGUAGACCCUUUUGUGGUCAGGUGCACUGCCUUACGUUGGCAGUGAGGAGACAGUACAGAACAGAGUCUUGCCAUGGGGUGUCAUCCUGUCUGAUGGCACUGUGUGUCUGUGGACUCAUCUUAAUUCUUGAAAGUGAGCUUUACCUGGGUCUGGCUACUCAGGCCAGAGCCCACAGCCGAACACGUAGGUGGGCUUGUGGCCCUCCAGACCAGGGGAUGUGAGUUCAGCACAGUUUUCUUUUGUUUUCUAAAGAUAGAGAUCCACUUUUAAAGGGAAUUGUUCCCCCAAAUAAAUUUGUUUUACCUUG